GCUUCCAGCACCAGGCUCACUGUGUUUCUUCUUGGGGGGCUGUUUAAGGAAGCCUGGGUGUACCUCUCUCUAAGCCCUGGUAUAUGUAACACCCACUUGGGAGUGUAGGUGCCUGAUCAACCCAGGCGGUCCUAAGGUAAGCCUCAGUGAGGGUGGUGAUUUGUGGACAAUCCCUGACUCAUCCUUUUCACCAACCCACCCUGGGCUCAGGACUCCCAGAAGCCUCUUCUGCUGAGUGGGCAAACCCUGUCUUAGGAUUGUGUUCCCUGGGAUUUGCUCUACAAAGAGAAAUUCCAGAGGUAUUCUUGAUACAAGAUACUCUUCCACAGACCGGAGGUGGCAGGUAGGGGAGGCUGAGGCUCUGAGUCUGAAGGUCAGUCAAGGUCCUUCAGCUUCUAAAGAGAAGGACCCAAAUUAAAGAAAAGCUGAGCCAGAGCCGGGGCUCCAGACUCCUGUCUCUCUGUCUCUCACAAUCAUGGACUGAAGCUGGAAUGGGUGAAGAUGUGCACAGGUACCAGGACCCAUGCCACACCAGGCUGAGCCCCGUUAGCUGGUUACCUGCUCACUCCACCUCUGUGCUCUCACAGCCGCUGGACCACAGCUGAGUCUGCUCCACACUGUGAGCAACUUAAAGUUGUCUCUGGCUUGUGGCUGCCUUCUGAGCUUGCUGACGGCGCCGGCUGGAAGCAGGAGGGAGGGCCUGGGCCAGCCGCGCUGGGACUGUGCCGGGCUCCUGGCUCCUGGCCCAUGUUCAGCCCUGCUUGAGGCAGGAGUGCCUACUAGCAUUUGACACAAGAGACGCCUGAGGAUGAUGGCCCAGCUGCAGUUCCGAGAUGCCUUCUGGUGCAGGGACUUCACGGCCCACACGGGAUAUGAGGUACUGCUGCAGAGGCUGCUGGAUGGCAGGAAGAUGUGCAAGGAUGUGGAGGAGCUGCUCAGGCAGAGGGCCCAGGCGGAGGAGAGGUACGGAAAGGAGCUGGUGCAGAUUGCGCGCAAGGCCGGGGGCCAGACAGAGAUCAAUUCCCUGAGGACCUCCUUUGACUCCCUGAAGCAGCAGACAGAGAACGUGGGCAGUGCACACAUCCAGCUGGCCCUGGCCCUGCGUGAGGAGCUGCGGAGUCUGGAGGAGUUCCGUGAGAGGCAGAAAGAGCAGCGGAAGAAGUAUGAGGCUGUCAUGGACCGUGUCCAGAAGAGCAAGCUGUCACUCUACAAGAAGACCAUGGAGUCAAAGAAGGUAUAUGACCAGAAGUGCCGGGAUGCAGAUGAUGCUGAACAGGCCUUUGAGCGUGUGAGUGCCAAUGGCCACCAGAAGCAAGUAGAGAAGAGCCAGAAUAAAGCCAAGCAGUGCAAAGAGUCCGCCACAGAGGCAGAGCGAGUGUACAGGCAAAAUAUUGAACAGCUGGAGAGAGCAAGGACCGAAUGGGAGCAGGAACACCGGACCACCUGUGAGGCCUUCCAGCUGCAGGAGUUUGACCGACUGACCAUCCUCCGCAACGCUCUGUGGGUGCACUGCAACCAGCUCUCCAUGCAGUGCGUCAAGGAUGAUGAGCUCUACGAAGAAGUACGGUUGACACUUGAAGGCUGUAAUGUGGACGGCGACAUCAAUGGCUUCAUCCAGUCUAAGAGCACUGGCAGAGAGCCCCCAGCUCCGGUGCCGUAUCAGAACUACUAUGACCGGGAGGUCACCCCACUAAUUGGCAGCCCCAGUGUCCAGCCAUCCUGCGGUGUGAUAAAGAGGUUCUCUGGGCUGCUGCAUGGAAGUCCCAAGACCACGUCUUCUCAACCUCCUGCUGCUUCCACGGAGAAUCUGGGUCCCACUCCUGAUCGGAACGAGUUGGUCUAUGCAGCCAUUGACGUGCAGGCAACACAGGGAAACCUUACCGCAUCAGCCCAGGACUACCGGGCGCUCUACGACUACACGGCACAGAAUUCCGAUGAGCUGGACAUUUCUGCAGGAGACAUUCUGGUGGUUAUCUCGGAAGGAGAGGAUGGCUGGUGGACAGUGGAACGGAAUGGACAGCGUGGGUUUGUCCCUGGGUCCUAUUUGGAGAAGCUCUGAGGAAAGAACAGUAGUACCCACGCACCUCUGCCCUGAUGGUGAGGUUGGGACUGUUCUCAUCACUGCCCAGGCCUCGUGGGGCCAGACUCAAGCUUGGUUGCCCUAGGGAUGGGAUGGGUGCUGGCUAUUCCCAGUGAAUUUCUUCCAGAAGGAAUAAAGGGGCACAUUCUUCCUUUGCUGGGGUCCUCCUCUCUUACCCGUGUCCAGGGGCUCAAUUCAGAAGCCGGAGUCUGGGAGAACAGAGCUCUGCCACUUAGACAAGUCUUCAGCUGUGCUCAGUCUCAGCAGCUAGGGACAGGAGAGGCCUGGACCCAGGUGGCUGAAGCUCCCAGGCUGUCAGAGCUUCAUUGAUCGCUGGGACAGCCAGGAAGAUGCAGGUGUGUGAGGCUGGAGAGUGGCUCGGGAGGGCUGCAGAAUGAGAUCGGGCAUCCUGCGGCAGGGGAAUGGGACCUCAGAGAGGUGGCAGCAGCUAGGAAAAACACAGGGCAUCGGCAUACUCAGAGGACAUUGGGAAUAAGAACACUGUUGGGGACAAGAAAUAACCGGUGGGUGGCCUGAAGACAGCUCACUGGGGAAGACACUCAGGUUCAUGGUGUACAGCCCUCAGUGGCCCCCCCUCACCAUCUACCAGAGGAAACUCCUGCCCUCGGUGUCCCUCCCUGACACGCCCUACCCUCUGUGAGAGCUGAGCCUGCACCACAGAAGCCAGCUGUGGGCCUGUGGCUUACUCACGGACACUGGCUGCCUAGCUACGUACCUAGGCAAAUGUCAGAUGCCAGAGGCAAAACUGUGAGCAAACACUGGCCCAGAGAGGAGGAGCGGGGAGUUGUUGAAAGGGCUCCUCAGUGUUCACCACCAGUGCCUGCCCCCAUCCUCUGGUCUUCCUCAAUGGAGCGGAAAGGUGGGCGGGCUUAAGCAAGGAUGCCUCGUCACAGGCUGGGCCUUUUAUGGGUUGUGGUCUCUUUUCCAUCUCAGGGUACAAAGACCCCCAAACAGCUGUCUGGAACCAGGGCUCUGAGCUGAGGACAGGCUGUUUUGGGGGGUGGGGGAGGGUCCAGCCAUCACUGCUUCUUGGCAGAGUAUGUGGCAGACAGAAUGGGAAAGAACCAGAUGAUGCUGACAUCCUUCUGGAAGUGUUAUUUUGCUCACGAACACCCUUUGAGGUGACCAGACACCACACCCACCUGUGACACAUCAGAUACACACACAGGGAUGUUUGGAGAGUGACUUAAUUCAGGGCUUGGUCUCCUCCCAUGAAGGACAGCAGAGCUAGCAAGUGAAGACUCAGCCAUGACAAACCUGCUUGGGCCAGAAAACCAGGAAGCUGCCCUGGUCACCCUUGUCCUACCCCGCCAAGCCCAACCAGACUCCCACAGCUCACUCAACCCAGACAGUCACAGGGUUGGUGCUUGCCAAGAUGCCCUGACAGAGCUCACUCUUCCGGACGGGCACACAGCUGCUGUUUCUCUGUCCAAGGCAGUCAGGGGGUGGUCCCAUAUAGGACGAAGGCUGGUCUGCAAAGUGGCCUAGAGAACUCUGGUGGACACAGAGAUGGAUGAGAAUAGGGUGGUGUACGGAAGGGUGGGGAGAGAGAUGUGAACUCUGACCUAAGCCUUUCAAGGUGGGCAGGUCUUCCCCAGGAGUGGAGCAGGGGACGUGGAACAGGCGAGCAAACAGGCUAACUGGCUUCUGGGGUAGCCAUAUUACAGCUUUCUUUAUUCCUUGAAAAUACCUUGUCAUCCUGAUGGAUCAUCCCAUUCCACUGCAAAGAUUUUUUAAAAACCUUUGGCCUAGAUAUUUAUCAUCAUCAUCCCUGACAGGUACUGCUGUGUCAGUGGGCCCCAGGGGGUGAUGGGUAAACAGCCUGCUUGCCAGGCAUCCAGAGAAAAUGGAAAGCAACGCUUGGAUCUCAAUUUAUACCAGGGGGAAAUAAGUCCCCAGAUGAAUUCUAGUCAGCUUCCCCGUUCUCCUGUGGGUCAGGUCACAACAUCACUGGCUGGGAACCAGCUACACAGGGAGACAGUGCCAGACAGAGGAGGAGCUGGGGUAACUGAACAUAAAUAACUCUAGCCUCUCCUUGUCAGAGGGCAGCUCAAAGACAGCAGAAGGGAGAAUGGGGCCUCUUGUGUCAAGAGCAUAGGGUCUGACUACCCUUGGGCAGCCUCAGGCAAGCCUCCUAUCUCUGAAUACCCAUCACCAGCAGGAGGGGCGCAGCUGCAAGGUGCUACCUCAAAGAGUUUCUAGUCAAAUGCUAAUUAAAAGCAAGAGGUUACCACUUUUAAUAGCCAGGCCUACAGCCUGUGGAUCUUGGCUGUAGGCAGCAGCAACUCAUUCAACAUGCUCUCUGGGACAACCAUGGUUGCCACGGAGUCCUUCCCAGUAGGGACCAGAAACAACUCGCUAUUUGACCAGACAUCUUAAGCACCACUCCAGCACCUAACUCCAAUCACUCCCCUUAGCUGCUCCUGGACCAAGCCAGCUCAGCAUGACCUACGCCAUGGUCUGGCUACUUCCCAUUGUGGCUCCUAAAAGGUCACCACAUACAGGGGACUCACUGCCCUCAGCAGCCUCAAGGUGUUGGGAUCUCAGGGGCGGGCUUUCCAAUUGUCUAAGCAGAGCCCACUGCAGGGCCAAAGGAGGAGAAAGCCCAGGCUAUCUCCAGCUGCACUCAAGGUUUACACACUGGCCCACCAAUGCUGCUCAAUCCAGGCUGCUGAGGGAGCCACUGAGCCCUGAGCUGUACAGUGUAGCCUGUAUUCCCAACGUGUCUCCUGGUGGUUCCGAUGUGUAGCAGGAGUCAGGAAACUCCUUUGUCAGUGAGCCCAUCAGCCAUAUUUCUUGCUCAAGGUUUGAAAAACAUACUCUACGGUAACACAUCGACUUGCCUCCGACCUUGAGUGUCCGCUCGGUGUCAGAUCCCAAAGAUGCUUCUGUUAUAAUGAUCACAUCUCUGUCCUUACUGGGCACACUCAGCAGAUAUGAGUCACCUUCCCCACAGCGAGCUACUGCCCUAAUCCC